AUGUUGUCGGAUACAAACUCAAUCAGUAAGAGCAUAUCGCCUCGCGCAAGUACUACGUAUGAUGUUUUUGCCUUACAAGAACUGUGGUGGUCUGCGGUUGAUAUUUCGCCAGUAUUUCGCUGCAAGAAAAUAUGGCUUGGCUUUAUUCUCGCCGCUACCGGUGCCACAGACCCCAGCAAGGUGAUUAAUUUUGCUCAGACGUGCUCUGCUGGAACGAGCUGGUUGAUCAAGGGCGCCAAAGUAUGCGGCGAGGGAUUCAUUUGA